AGUGUAAAGGUAACAGAUCGGCUAACUUUUCUUACUUGUUGGACUUGAGAAAUGGCUAAAACCAUGAAAUUUAGAUAAUAUAUCUCCUCCCUAUGCUUCCUAAAAUGUAAGAGAUGCUAGUUGUGAGAGUUUUUGAAGGGUUUAUCUUAAUUUUCACCUAAAUAUCGCUUUGUCAACCACAAAGUGGAAUCCUUCGCUCUUCCUACUGUGAGAUUUCUUUGAUCCCAGCCAAAGCAUUUUUUAAGUGAUCAGUUACUUUCAUGUGCUCGAAUUCUCUCUGAAAACCUUCUAAAUGUUAAUUUUUCAAGCUGAAGCAACAAAUUCCCAUCACCUUAUAAAAGUUUAUAAAUAUGAUAGCUCUAAGGCAUGUUGGAAUUAUUACUAGAGUUUGUUGGGCUAGACUAAUAGGAGAGUUACUUAAUAGAACCGGUGAAAUGGAGACUCAUGACCUCCCACUUGUCUCAGCCCAUUGCUUAUUUCUUGUUAUUCCAAUUUGGUAGUAGGGAAUAUAAUAAGUAAGGACUAGGAAUCAACCAGAAUAAUCCUGACCUUUAGAACAGAUAUUUUUCACUAUUGAGAUAAGUAGAAGAAGAUGAGAUUAGGCCAGAAUCUUUCCUAGUUUGGCUUUUAGUUUUUCUUUCUUCGAGAGAGACACUAGAUCUAUCCUAUCUCACAUUAUUUUCAUAGAUGAGCUUUAAGAAAAGAUUCAAAGGCAAGACAUCCCUAAUAGGAAAGGAUGGGGUCGACGAAAUGAUCGGUAGAACCUCUGAGCCAAUUCAGAAAUUUUUGGACCCUUCCCAGUCUUACAGAAGCUCAAAAUUUAAUGAGGCGAAUUUCCCAUCAGGAAAAGAUUGGGGGAUAAAUAACGCUAACAGUUCAUUCCGGAGUAUCAAAAUUCCAAGCUCAAAGGACAUAGUUUAUCCAAACGAUCUUCCCCUUGCUAAGUCAGAGAGAAAUAACAGCCAAGUCCAUAAGCUAAGGGCUAAGUUCGAGUCUGACAGAAAGAAUAAGAGAAAUAACCUCUACAAGUCAAUUAUUAGGAACGAAGGAUCAGCUCAUGCCAUGACUGAUGUGGAGAAUAAUGAUUUCUCAAUGAAGCCAAGGUGGAAUAAGUGUUUAAUGAACAAGGUAGACAUCAAAAAGAGUCUGUUCCAGAAAGGCAACCACUACUCUAAUUAUUCUAUGUCUAUCCCAAAUCAGAGGAAGGAUUUUCUUGAUGAGACCCAAAGGCCCUUUGGGUUUAAUUUUGAUGCUAAGAGUUCAACUAUUAAGCAAGAGAAGGACAAGCCCUAUGACAUAUUGGUUAUCGAUCGUAGUAAUAGUGACAUUGAUGACAUCGACACCUCAAUUAGCAUGGUAUCCCAUUUGAAUAGUAGUAGGCUUAAUAAGUCUCAGGACAUCACUGUAAAUCAGAGGAGGAGAGCCCCUCGCUCUAAGGAGCUCAGGUAUAAGCCCUUUACUCUCCGGGAUUAUAAGAAGAAUACACCUAAUGAAAAUGCAUAUGCAAAGUCUGGUGGUCUUGGACCUAAUAUUGGAAGCAAACAAUGGACUGAAGAGAAAAUGAAAAGAGAAAGGAUGAAAGAUUUUUCAUAUAGAAUUUCCAACAUGAAGAAGGAUCAGCUGGUGUUCAGUCAUGAUUAUAAGUAAUCCCAAAUUUCCAAAGAAUUUGGGUAAUUUUCAAGUCAACUUUAAC